AUUUGAGGGGGAAUUUAUUUUCUGGCUAACGAAAGGAAACAAGGGUUUAAAAGUCCAUAGUGAGUGCCGUGUACUUGACCAGACAGAAAACUUGGACAAAGAGUCUUGACCGACCCUUGGCUAACAGAGUACAGACCUAGGAACCGACACAAUCCCAUUUUUUGCAAUGGAAACCGGGAUCUUGUUAUUUAGUCUCUUGAUCAUUGUUGCCUUUUCUUCAACUGUUCAGACAAUGUCUCCUCCAAUGAUGCUUGACAAACUUCAACAUCAAGAAGGUAAGUUAAAAUUCUGUUCCCAUACUACCGGUUCUGUUAAUGCCUUCGUUCCACAGUGUGGCCAGUUUAAGAGUUUUGAAUGAAAAGUUUUGCAAGAAAAAAGGAAGACUUGUGCUGUGUUAUUGCAGAAAGCAACAUUUAACAGAGAUGAGUCAGAAUCUAAGAAACUCCACCAACUGUAUUUCAUACCACUAGACUUUGUACAAGACAGAUUUGUUUCCAGGUACUGUGCAUUUGCAUGUGAAUUACAUCAAAAGCAUGGGUUUGACAAUAUUAGUUGGCAGAACCUGAGACUCUUAAUCACAGGGUUGUGGGUUCAAGCCCCACCUUGGGCAAAAAAUUCCAGCAUUGCAAGGGGUUGGAUUAGAUGACCCAUGUUUUCCCUUCCAACUUCACAAUUAUAUGAUAUAUGAAGCUGGCCAUUUCCCCGACAUCAAUAUGCUAUAAGAAAUGAGACCAUAGGUCUUUUUUCUUUUCAGGUAAAAGCCAAAGAGCCAUGGAAGAGUCUGCAUCUAAUCAGCAGAGGAAGAUCUUGGGAUUUUUAUCAGCAUUUGAUGAAAUACAGAAAAGUACCAAACCUAGAUUAGAUCCCAAGACCACAGGGCUUCAAGGUAAUUCAGAUAAUAACCAUUGCCUACCAUCAGCUGUAUGUAUUCAUUAAGCCAUAAUGGAUUGUUUGCAAUAAAUUUAAUGGCAUGUAACUAAUUCUUUUUUUACUUAAUUUAUUAUUAAUUUAUUUUACUUAAUUUAUUUAUUAUUAAAUAAAUUACUUAAUAAAUUUAAUAAUAAUAAUUUAAUUAAUAAAUUAUUUAAUAAAAUGUAUACACGUCAAAGCAGUCUGCAAAAUAAAACAAUAAAACAAUAAAAUUGAGGGAAAAUCACAGCCAUACUUACAAAAGUUAAAAUAAUGAAACAGAUUAAAAUUGCCUCAACUUUCUAAGCAUGAGUUGGUUUGUCUAAACAAGGGUGUUUUAGCAGGUGCUGAAAAGAAUACAGGGAAGGUGUCUGCUUGAUCUCAGUAGGCAGGCAGUUCCAAAGUUCAGGCACUGCCACACUAAAUGCCUGAAUUCUUAUAAAUGUGGAAUGGCUAUUAUGUGGCACCUAUAGCAGUGCCAAUUUUGCCACUCAAAGUGGUCGAGUGGGCACAUGUGGGGUAAAGCAAUCUCAUAGGAAAACUGGGGCCAAGUUGAAAAGGUUUUAGAGAUCCUUUCAGUUCAGUCGCUUAAUUUCAGGUCCACAAUUACUGCAUGAAUGUGUAUAGAAAUGAACUGUACUACAAUAGAAAUAAUUAAAUUCAUAAUAUUACUGUAAAUAAUAAACCAUUUGAAAAGGGUUAGAGACAAUGUCAAGUUAUGAACACAUGUGCAGAGCAAUCCUAUGCAAGUUUACUUGGAAGUAAGCCCCACUGCUAGACUGCAGCCUAGCAAAGCAAUUCGGCUCAGAGCUGUGCCCCAUUACUUGGGUAUACCCAAGUAAAUAACAAUCUUAUGCAUGCAGACUUGGAAUAAAGUCCUCCUGAGUUAAAUGAGCCUUACUUCUGGGAAUAGAGGAUUGCAGCAUUAUGGAACUGAUUCAACUGAGCAAAAAGUACUGGGACAAAAAGAGGAUUGCAUAUUUAAAAAAUGUAUCAAUUGCAAAAAUAUAUGCAUGCAACAAAUAACGUCAAUGAUCGUUGAUCGAUCUCAGUGCCAUAUGAGAAACCAACUAAUCCACCAGUUUGAUCUUUAGAGUGUAAGUGUAAGUGAGAAAACUGGACAUUAGGUUUUUGAGGAAAAGGCCACUCAUCAGAUCUAUUCUUCAGGUUCAGAGAUGUUUACGUUUUGAGUCUCUGGGGUGUAUGUAGUAUUUCACAGAGCUGUAUCAUUCAGAGUUUGAUACUCUGCUCGUGAUUAAAAUGCCUCUGACAAAUGCUAGUGUCUUUCAUUAUAUUUUCGUGUGGUCUUUUUAAAAUGAAGCAUUGGUCUUAAUUGUCUUCCAUCCACGUCUCUGUUAUUUAUAGUACUUGCAAAGCAAAUUGGUUUGAUAUUUUAUAUCUUCAAUUCUUACAGUGAUAUGUGUUUCAAAUACUGCAAUGCUUCAUGCUCUGAAAUAUUUGGAUAUUGGCAACAUUCAAAGAACACCUAACAUUUAAAUAAUGCUUUUUUGACCAUUGAUAUGUGUGCUAUAUCUUUAAAAAGAAGAAGGAGAGUUAAAACAUUGCAGAAUUGCACUUCUUUCCUCCAGAACGUAGUUCACAGGUCCAAAUGAAAAGGAACAUUAAAAUGGAAAAUCUUUGAGGUUUUGGGGGGAGGGUUACUCCUAUGUGUGGAUGUUUUACAACAAAUACCACAGGUUAAUAAUAGUGCUAAUACUAAAAAGUAGGUGAAUCCAACAGGCAUAAAAUAACAGGAACAAAAAAUAAUGAGCCUGAAUUGGACAACAACCUACCCACUCCUUCCUAGACCGCUUGGUGUACAUAAUUUGAGAAAACAUGUAUGCCCUGUUUAAGACUACACAGAAUAAAAGCAUGCUUCUUCAAUAAAACUACCCCAUGCAGCAUAAAACCCACAAAAACAAGAAAUGCCCAUGCUUUCUUAAUUGGGGAACAGAAAGUGUCCAAACAGAAAACCCAGUGUGCAGAUUUAUCUGAAGAGGUGAAAGUAACCCUAUUGCUGAGAUACUGGGUGCCUUUAAAGGAAGAAUGCAGCUCUGUGUGCACUGGCCACUGUUCUAAAUCACCCUGAAUUUAGGGGCUGGCAUGGGAAGCAGCAAUAAAUGCUACAUAUCUGCAGCGGGUAUAAAGUCAAGGCAACGAAGCCAUUCAGCUAAACAUCAGGCUAAAGGAGGGCUGGGAGAGAGAAAUGGUUGGCAUUGUUAGGCUGAACCUAGAUGAGGUCAGAGGGCCAGAGCCUCAUUAGUUUCAAGUGGCAUGAUCUGAAGGGCAUCAUUCGGGUGGUCUAAGAACACCAUUUCUGAAACUUCUCCCCAGUUCUCGGAAGGUAGUGCCUCCCCAAAUUUCAGCACAAUGCCACAAGUGUCCCCCUGCAUUAUAUGGUGGCGGUAGCAUGCUUUCACUCUCUUUAAAGUAUCUACUAAAUAAUUUUCCCAAUUUGCAUUUCAGCUUACGCCAAAAAGUUCGGAAAGACAAUCAGAAAGGUAAGAAACUGUCAGCUUUUUAAACACCUCCUACCAAAGUUUCCAGUAUGCAGAAUAAUUGUUCUCGUUUGCUAGGGAUAUACUGUACUUAAAUAUUGAUUUCUGAAGCUUAUCUCCCUUUGAGUUCCCCAGUGUGCCUGGAGUAGCUGCAAAUAAGGGCUAUUUAAUUACAGGCUAACCUUAAGCAUGCAGCAGCCCUUAGCAUGCAAAUGGAACUGCCCUUUCCAUUGAACUGAAUGGAGCAGACCUUGUAAGAGUGAAAAUAUCAAUGCACACACUGAAAAUGACUGAAUCCAGAAUUAUUAUUUUUAAAAUUCUCAUUUCAGGUUCACAUUUAUGCUCUUAAACUGUAAUUUUUAAAACCUUUUCUCUCUGGACUUCUUUUCUGGACAGGAUAUUUUAGAUGAACCUCAGGCCCGUCGUUCUUUCUCACAACAAGAUGAUGUUGCUGAAUCAAGGAAGGAUCACCUGAGAAAAUCUCCUUUAAUUGGGAAAAACUUCAGAAAAGCAGCACCAUCAUCUUCUAAGAAAGCAAAGAAAAGAGGUGUGUUUUCCAGCAAGAAAAUCAGGUUCCUUUCUGUCUGAUUGCCUAAAACUCUGAAGAGUUGAAUAAAAGUCAGUUGGGUCAUGAAACAGCCCUCUGUGUGUGGAGGCCAGAGGCCAGGCUCCUUUCCAGAGCCACUGAUCCCAGGGAAUCUUCAUUUUGUCCCACAUGGUGUUGCACUAUGACACCUGCUAUAGGAAGCCUGUUUGUGUUUUGGAGAGGUUUUCAUGGACCACUACUGGCAGAAGAAAAGGUUGCUGGAGCAGAGGUCAGCUGGUCAGUUAAAAAGCUAAAGAAAGUACAUAUAAACUUUAUUGUGAUGUGUAAUUCUAGGGUUAGGCACACCCUCCAGGGUUAAUUUAGGGCUCACUUACCUCACAAGAUUGUGUGACGGUAAGAUGGAACAGGGAGAACUAUAUGUAAGCCGCCUUGAGCUCCUUGGAGGAAAGUCAAGAUACCGGUAAUUAUAAACAUAGUCAAUGUGUCAUAUCUCUCUAAGCAUACUAGAUAGUGGGCACCACUCCACAUAACAUACCAUCCAACCUGGGCUCUGAGGUUGGCUGGGUGGGAGGUUCUCAUUAUCCCACCAUCAGCUAAACCAGGUGAGGGUAGCCAAUGGAUCUCAAAUCCUCAGGGAGUCAGGGACUUUGUGUGCGAAGACAGGCUCUGGUGGACUGAGCGAUGAGACUAAUAGUAGGUCCAAUGGUCAGGAAAAGUGGUUUCUGCACAUACUGUAGAGAGAAGUGAGGGGCAGAUGGGGCUUGUCAAACUGGGAAGGUAGCCCUUCCAGAAGAAGGAAAACUCUGGUCCUAAACCUCUUCUGCCUUGUGGGGUAUCUUCGGUAGAAGAAAAGGCUUAAGGAGUAAACUCUGCACAAAUCUGGAGUCCCUAAGACGGUUGGAUGAUGUGCAGUAUGCCUCCUUCCAGCAACCCCUGCAGCCAAGCUGGUGCCAAAUGUUUUGCUCUUCCUUCCUUUGGACCUCCUCAGUGAGGCUGAGAAGUGGGCAUUGUUGUACAGACAGCCCAGGACCUUCAUAAACACUGCCCAGGCUUGUGCCCAGGGAGGUCACUUCCGUGCUAACACAGCAGUUUGACUUCACCCCUGGAGGCACACUCCAUUGUCUCUUGAGGCAGAUGGAUGCCAACAAUGGUAACUGAAAGCUAAGCUAUUCAAAUCUUAGGAUGUGUUGAGCCCCUGCUUUUAUCUGUGCUGGUAUCAUAAUAAUUCAAUGGUAACGUCAGUUGUUUGUUUUCUAUGUAUUAUAUUUGGUUUUACAGUAUUUUGGAAACCACUCUGUCAGUCUGUUGUAAUGCCAAGCAGCUUAGAAGUUUGUUAAUAAUCAAACAGACCUUCUGAAAAACAGGCAUAUGGAAAUGGGGGAGUAGAGGGGGGUAGAUAGUGGUGAAGUGAACCUCAGGUAUGUCCAGAAUAAGCAAAGCUCCAGACGCGAGACACACCCAUAUGAACCAUGUUUUAACAAGAGGCUAUUUCGUUCUUUUCCAGCUUGUUUUUGGAAAUACUGUGUGCAAAGCAAGUAGGUUUUUUGAACACAUCAAAUCAACGAACCUUUGUGGAGAUUAAGGAAUCCAGUUCUGACAAUGAAAUCUUCAAAAUCUGAAAACAUUCUUUUCAACAGAGAAGAUUCAGCAGAUAUUAGUAUAAAUAACUGUUUGACCAUAUUUGCUUUGUGCGCAUAUGUAUUUGAAAGACUCGUG